CCGAGCUUCAUUCGAGCGGUUGCUGGGCGAAAGGCAACACUGCUUUGUUCCUCUCCCUCCUCCUCCCCCUGAGCGUCACACGUCACGUCACUUCACUCACUUGCAAUGAACGUGUCUUUUUAAGGGAUAUGUAUCUCUGUUCUCUCGUUCAAUUGAAUGACCAGCAGCAGCAGCAGCCUCUCGUCUGUGAUAUGGAUUUUGGAAGGCCACGCUGGAGUAGGCAGUUGAAAUCGUCGAGAGAAACCCGCAGCCGCCUCUGAACCAGAAGAAGAAGAAGAAGGAGGAGGAAGUUUCCCGCUUUGCCUUGGAACAGCCUUGCAUCAACGUGCCAUCCCUUCCUUGACGGAGACCGACCAUAACUGACCUGUGAUAUUUAAAUAUAGUAUAUACGUGUAUAUAUAUAUAUUUUUGUUAACGCCAAAGGGGACCGUCGUUCAUCCUGUUGUCUAGUCAGAUCAAGCUUGUCCAAGGAGCUCAUUCUUCAUCGAAGGGAUUUUAUUUUUCGCGUUACAAGUCCGCCGACAUGGAUACCUUAUUGAGUGAUAUCAGUUGUGCCGUUGGGGGGGAUCACGCUCAAGCCUUGCUGUCCACUAACCCCCUCCUCUUUUCCGGGGCUGCAUCAGAUCCCCAGGCGUCCCUCCUGGAGACGCCCGAUCAUAGUCUCACCGUGCCCAUACUGUUCCUGCAGGGUCUAGUCCUUUUGCUCUACUGGUACAACGGACACAAUUCUGUCGAUUCUUACGUCAUUCGACUCCUGCUCAAUCAUCAUUGAUGUACAUUCCCAUUGGAAUUUGCAUUUUUGUCUGCUCAUACAUUCAUAUCUCAUUAUCAUCUCAUAUAAUGUUAAUAAUUCCAUUUUCUGUGUCAGUUUUAGAUUCAUUUGGUAAAGAACACGCUUGUGAUAAAGUUGAGAGCACCAUUGUAUUGGAAGUUGUGUGAUACAGGAUCAGUUUUCAAGUAUUUGACUGUGAUACAAUACAAUGGAGUACCAGGGUUCAAAAUGGAAAGUGAUGAUCUUUGUGAACUGUUGAAUAUACCUCCACGGGGUAUGAAAAUCAGGAGGCUGCCAAGUGUUGUGUGUGUGUUUAAUGUCAGUGUUAUUUGCCUCUUGUUAUGAUGGAGGCCUCUGUUAGGACCGCCACUGGAUUAUUGCUCAUUUUCUUAUUUUCUCAUGCACAAUUUUAUGGUAAAACUGUGAUAUAAGAAUGGUGCUCUAUGGCAUGUUUAGAAGAGAAUAAGGACACUAGCAAUGGAGAAUGGAGGAGGUGAUUCCCAAGAAAAACCUUCCACUCCCAAAACUGAUAAAGAAGACAGCAAAGGAGACCCACAGCAGGAACCCCAAAACCCAGUAUAUUCCCGGGAGGUAACGCUUCAGGCACAUUUCACCUUUGGCACCCCCUCCAUGGCUCCUGUUCAGUAUGCUCAUGUUACUCCCACAUCGACAUCAUCUUUGAGUGGUCGUCCCUUAAUGGCCAGCGGAGCUCCUGUGGAGCAGUGGCGAUGGACAGGUGAUGGGGCUUCAGCUGGAGCCCAGUGCUCCAUAACUUGCGGUCGAGAGGGUCUUACUAUGACUUACAAUGCCCAACCCCAGCCAACCAACAAUAUUCGAGGCAUUCCCCUCAUCCCAUGUACGAUUUGCGAUUACCUGGUAGCAGGACAUCCAGAGCAUCACAUGCCCACCAUCACCACCACUACAGCUACCUCCUGUUCAACCUCCCCAGGUACUGGUACUACAUUACCCAUUACGUGUUUUACCACAACCCCUUCCAGCCCUACCUUCACUCGAAGUCUUAUGGAUCUCAGCAAGCCUCAAGAACAGUCUCCAGCUCCUCGCAGUUUAACAUUUUCUGGAAGUCUUGACAGGGCCACUCAACGGCCAGUACAACAGCGGCCUUAUGGGAGACGCUGUAAAAGUACAGCCCAUAUUAUUUUGCAGAACAACGAGAUGCAGGUACCCAAGGAGACUCGUCCACAUGAGUUCCAUUCCACUAUAAGAGAAGGGGAAGCUCCGAAGGAACCAGAUAUUGAACGCCCAGCAUCAGAGCCUCGGGGAAGGGCACGACACCGUGGAGGGCCAGAAACUCGCUUUCCAGGUGGGGGCCCAUUUGCGCCUGGGGGAUGGGAACGGCUUCACCCCGUGACAGAAGAGCAAGAGAGACGCAGCAUGUUUGAAGGUGGGGUAGGUGGUGCCCAGGGUUCUCCCUUAACACCCCUUCUUGCACCACCUUGUUGCCCAUGUCACCACUGCACAGCUCUGUACUCGUUCAUGUCCAGUCUAGCUCAUGAACGUACGUGCCAUGCCUGUGCGCAUCAUCACCACCAUCACCAUCACCAUUCUCCAUGUUCACCAUCUCACGCUCACUCUCAGGUGCCAACAGUUCACCCUUGCAGCCGUGCAGAGGAGGUAUGUGGGCCCCCAUCAAAAUCACCUACGACCCAAACUUUCAAUUCUCACAAAUGUUAUGAUGAUCAGUCAGGGACUGCCAGACGUCAAGACCAGAGGAGUACUGGUCCCACUUCGGCCUCUACUGCAGGAGGAGGCCCGUCACAACGCUUGGUUCCUCCGGAUAGACAGCAGGGGAAAAAACGCUCUCCAUCUCCAGGUGCACAGCCACGCAGGCAUCGUUCUCCUGCAUCCCCCGAGACCUCUCCAUCGCCAGAACGUCUGGGACGCCCUGUAGGAUCAGAACAACCACAGUCCACUCCGCAGUUGCCCCGUCGAGUACCACGCAUGGGCGCUGCUGCUGCUACUGCAGCAGCAGCAGCAGCAGCAGCGGCUGCAUCGGCUGCAGGACCUAGCGGUUAUUCAGCUACACAGGGUGAAGGUGGUCCAUCCCUUGGCACCCGAGAACGUGGUUCCCGCACAACUAGGCCUCGACCUCGUCCUCGCACCAUACACAUCGACGUCUACUGCAGUUCCUCAUCUGAGAUUGAAUCGUCACCACCAUCUUCACCUGUCUCUGAAGAUAGUUUGGAAUCAGGGCCAAGAAGGCCCCAUGCUGUUGUUGCUUUGGGAUCAAAACAACGUAGAAAAACAGAAAUGAACUUGGGCAGAAGUCAUUACCGACCACUCGAAGAGAAAGCUUCCAGUUUUGUAUAUUCGCGUGGUCGAAGCCGCCGAACUCACAGUGGUGGAAGGUCUGCUUUUAUCACUGAUGAUGUGUUACCUCUGUGUGCAUCACCACCACCACAGCAGAUGAUGACAGACAAGGAAACUGGUAGUAAUCAAGAGUCUGCCAGGAUGGAAAAAAUGUCACAUGUCUCGGAAACAGAACCAAUUGCAAUUAAGUCUCCAAUACCUAUGCCUGCUCCCGCAGAGCAACAACAACGACCAACAACACUCAGGGUUCCUACUCCACCUCUUCCACAAACCUCAGAGAAUUCUGGUGUUAUACCACAUAGCAGACAUUCUAGUUUGUCCUACCUCAGCAGUCCAAUAGAAGUAGUUGAUCCAUGGGAAGGUGAGCCUGAGUUGCCUUCAUCUGCCCUAUCAUGGCGAGGCAGUGAAUUUGAAACUUCUACUCCUCGUUUGACAAGUGAGAUGGAUUUGCCAUCACCUAGACCUACAUCUGAGUUAUCACUCUCUUCUCUCCAUGAAGCAUUUUAUGAGGCUGAGCCUGAGUUGGCAGAAGUACAAAGUAAUCUUGGAUUACAUGACUCUCCUAAGCAGUGGCGCUCACCGCAGCUGGAGAGACAGAAAUACAUCCAAAAAGGUCAAGAACAGAGGUACAGGGAAGCAUUAAAGAGGCGUGCUCAGAAGGAAAAUGAACGGUCUCACACUGUAACUCCAACUAAUGUAGCAGAACUUGCAAAGUUACCUGCAUUUAAGGAUUUUUCUAAAGAGGAUCUAAAGGUUAUUUCAAAAUCUCUAGAGAGACGAGAAUCUCAACGAUCUGCAGAAAGGCGUAGCCCUCUUGGAGUUGCAGAAGGAGGUGGCCAGCCAGUUGAAAGAAGAGAAUCAAACCGCUUAUUGGAGUGGAUGCAGCAGUACAAAGCCCAAGAAAGAAAGCAGUCAGUAAUGUCCCAAGACAUGAAAGAUUCAGAAUCACUAGGAUAUGCAGAAUCAGGCAAAUCCUUAGACCGAACUGAUUCUUUCACAAGUUUUGAGAGCAGAGAGUCUUAUGGGACUGUUGAAAGAAGAAAGCCAAGUAGUGGGUUGAAUGGAGAGAUAGAAUGUAAAGAAAAGUCUGUGAAAGAACCAAAAGAGUCAAAGACAUCCAUGGAACUGAAAGAUCUUAUAAGUUUUAUAGAACGAAGAGAAUCUGCAAGAUCUCUAGAAAGGAAGGACUCCAGCCGAUCCACUGAGAUGGGCAUCGGUAGUCAGAGGGAAUACAGUGAAUCUGCUGCAGGCUUGGAAAGAAGAGAAUCUCUAAGAGCUCUUGAGAGAAGAGAGUAUAGAGCUCUAGAAAGGAGAGAUUCAAGUAAAAGCACAAAAGAUUAUUCACAGGGCAUCCCAAGAAGAGAAUUAUGGAAAUCAGAUGACCAUAGAGGAACUUCACAAUUAAUAGAGGUAAAAGACCGUGGUAUUUACAUUGAAAGAAAAGAUUCUAGAAAGAACCUUGAGCGUUCUGUAUCUGAUCGUCGAGCUGAGCCAAGGCAAACUCCUUAUGUUGAUAGAUCUGAGUCUUACUCUGCUUCAGAUCGUAGAUACCAGCCAGAGAGGCAUGAGCCAUACACUCUUCUUGAAAGACAAGGAUCUAAAGCAAGUUCUCAUGGAUCUUUAGAAAGGAAGCGUUCAACUAGUUUUCUGGAAGAGCUGUUGGACAGAGAAGAAUCUUCAAGAUCAGGCUCGGUGGAAUGGCAAGAUGUUAUAUCUACCGUCAGGCGACGUUUAUCAGCUUGUGCUCGUCAGAGCCCAAAGAAAGAAGCCGUUAAGCCUUUUGAAACUGAAACGGCUUUUGAAAGUCAGAUGUCAGGGCGAACAUCAGCACCGUUGUUUCCACAUAGUGCUCGAUCUCCCUUACCUCAAGUUUCAAGGGGGGAUCACUUCCAAGAUGAUCAUGAACCACCCACUACCACUGUUGGUGGAAGAUUGAUAAACAUUGGUCUCUUUCGUCAUUUGCCAAGAUUCCCAUUCAGUCAGACUGUCCCAGUUCCUGCAUCUCGAAUUAUGGAAGUUAGGACUGCAUUCAGACCAGAACAGCGAAAGUUUGUACGACCACAGUUGUUUGGAGAGAUGACCCUUUCAUAUCCAAAAAGAAGGGGAAUCCACUUUGGUCCCCCAAGGAAUCCUCAGUGCUCCUGUGAAAACUGUUGCAGUUGGGCUGAGCUGUCCUCAGGCACCCCACAUUUUGGUAGCCACUUACGAGCUUGGUCCAUGACUGAUCUUGGGACAGAUGCUAGAGAUGAGAGCAUAAUGGUGGUCCCACAGCCGAGCUCCUAUCCUGGCACCUCUUUAACCCGUAACAGCAGCAAUGUCAGCGACAGCGCAACCCUCCCCCAUGCUCAGCAGAGGUUGGAGGAGAGCAGCCAUAAACUGGAUCUCAUCCGACUUUCUUUAGAGCGGCUACGGGGAGAUCUACCGCAGGGUUCCUUAAUGGCCGGGGAGGUGAAGCGCGAACUGGAGAAUUCUCUGUCAGCAUCUCCCUCGCCGGCCAACUAUACAAGCCUCUGCGAUAAGGAGAAUUAUCCUAGCCGUCGCUCACAAGCCCUACAUAAUAAAGGUGCCGCCGUCACUGGCAAGUUAGAAGUAAGAUUAAUUGGUGUACAAGACCUCCUCGAGGAUGUCCCGGGUCGGUCGCGCCGAGAUUCCCACUCUGGCCCUUCUGACCUAAAAUCUUUUAUGAAAGGUGUCACAGGAAAAUCUUCCAAGUCGUAUUCUGUUAAGGAUGAAAUUUCAAAUGAAGUUAUGGCAGUGCUAAAGUUAGACAACAACAAAGUUGUUGGACAAACGAAUUGGAAACCCUGUUCACAAUCUGCAUGGGACCAAAGAUUUAGUAUUGACUUAGAAAAAUCAAGAGAUUUAGAAAUAGAUAUAUAUUGGCGAGACUGGCGGUCACUUUGUGCGGUAAAGUUCCUACGGUUAGAAGAGUUCAUUGAUGAUGUAAGACAUGGCAUGGCACUCCAGCUAGAACCAAAGGGACUACUGUUUGCUGAGAUUAAAUUCCUAAACCCAAUGAUCUCACGCAAGCCUAAGUUACAGCGACAAAGGAAAUUAUUUAUGCAAAAAGGGAGGGUGCUGCGACCUAACCAAAUGAACAUAAAUGUAGCAGCGUGGGGAAGAUUAAUGAAAAAUUUCCAAAGUGGCCAUGAACCUGUUCACCACACAACCUCUGGUGGACAUUCCAUGUCCAAUACUACAUCUACUUCUGCCACACCUAUCACUACUGGUCCUAGAGCUCUUCCUACACGUUUAGAUUUUGAGAAUGAGAAGGCCCCAGGAGAAGAAAGUGAUCGGUCCUUAGCAAUGUCAGAGGUGCGACCGCUCAACUUAGGGGAUGUGACUGGGCCUUCAGUGUCUGGUGACUUAGGGGGUCAAACUGUGGCUCCUCCACCACCCUCUAUAACCCACGGUGCCCCCACGCAACCUCCCUUGCUCCCUCCCGCACCUCCUCUUGUUGCUCCUUCCCAUCACAGUAUCACCUCUUACCCAACUCCACACGGAGGAGGCUCAGGCUAUCAUCCCGCACCUGGCACACCGUCCACACCUGCUCACCACAGUGUCUUCCCUGUCACACAGACUCCCACUAUUCACCCUGCUCACUCCAUCACUGUACAGGUGGCGAAAAGACCCACUUCGACUCCACCCCCACCGCCCCCCCCACGGCCACAUUCUGGCACCGUUACCAUCACCGUACCAGCGUCGCCUGUAGAGCCUGAUGUUAAGAAUGCGCUGAACGAGUUCAACUUCCUGCACGAGGGUGAGGUGGUUGAGCGCGGCGUGGGCGCCCCUGCGGCCCCCGUUGAGGGCCAGGUCAGUAUCGAGGAGGUUGAGGAGGAGGAGGAGGAGGAGGUGGAGGAACUGGCGACCGAGGCGGGUAGUCCCCACACUCGCUCGUCCUCCCCGCCUUCUUAUCAUGUCCACCUGCCAGACGACCAGGUUGGUGGACGAGAUGUUGAUGAGGUUCGGCCCCGCCGAUUACCACUGUCACGGUUUGACCGCGACCGGGAUUCAGCCUACGAGACUUAUCGGAAUUCUCAAUAUGGCUCCAUGGGAAUGGACCAGUUUCGCCUCAUCUCGGUCCUGGGAAGAGGUCAUUUUGGCAAGGUUAUUCUGGGGCAGUACAAGAACACUGGUGAAUAUUUUGCCAUCAAAGCUCUCAAAAAAGGUGACAUCAUCGCCAGAGAUGAAGUUGAAAGUCUUCUUGCGGAGAAGCGCAUCUUUGAGGUGGCCAACUCUGUUAGACAUCCUUUCCUCGUCAAUCUGUUCUCCUGCUUCCAAACAGAGAGCCACGUAUGCUUCGUAAUGGAAUAUGCUGCAGGUGGUGACCUAAUGAUGCACAUUCAUGCAGAUGUUUUUGAUGAGCCAAGAGCGGUUUUUUAUGCUGCUUGUGUGGUUCUAGGUUUGCAGUAUCUCCAUGACAACAAAAUUAUUUACAGAGAUCUCAAAUUAGACAACCUUCUUCUGGAUACAGAGGGUUAUGUAAAAAUAGCUGAUUUUGGGCUGUGCAAAGAGGGCAUGGGGUAUGGAGACAGAACUGGAACCUUUUGUGGAACACCCGAAUUUUUGGCACCUGAAGUACUCACUGAAACAUCCUACACCAGAGCAGUUGAUUGGUGGGGCCUAGGGGUUCUCAUAUUUGAGAUGCUUGUAGGAGAGUCUCCUUUCCCUGGAGAUGAUGAAGAGGAAGUUUUUGAUAGCAUCGUCAAUGAUGAAGUCAGAUAUCCCAGGUUUUUGUCCAUUGAAGCAGUUGCUAUUAUGAGGAAACUGUUGAGAAAACAUCCAGACAGAAGAUUAGGAGCGAGUGAAAAAGAUGCUGAAGAUGUCAAGAAACAGCAGUUCUUCCGUAACGUUGGUUGGGAUGACCUCCUACAGCGCAAAGUCAAACCACCAUUUGUACCCACCGUGACUUCUCCCGAGGAUGUUAGUAACUUUGAUGAAGAAUUUACAACGGAAAAACCUGUUUUGACUCCUCCAAAGGAUCCCCGUCACUUGAGUGACAAUGAUCAAACCCUCUUCAAAGACUUCAAUUACAUGGCAGAUUGGUGCUGAGCAGGGCAUGAUGAUGAGGUCAGGAAGGCAAAAUCUCAAUGGAGAGGGCUUCUUCUUCUGAAGGUCCUUUGACUGCCACCAGCCAGGCCAUAAAUGCACAUCUCGAACAAAAGAGGGAUCUGAUGCCUGGAGCAGCUUCCUUUAUAUGGCAGCAGCAACAUUGCCACUACCACCAGCAUCUGCAGCUGGUAAGGUGUACAUAGAAGAAGACCAGUAUCUUUGCUCAUUGUAUGAGACAGCCUGGUUGCUUUAACAAAGCACGAGUACUAUUCCGCUGUAGUGGAACUUGCUUUGGUAUGGUACCAUCAGAUGUUAUAGCUACACUUUCCUGUGGUAACGCAAUCAUUUGACACAGAGAUGGAGUUGCAGGAUACUUUGGCGGAACUGUUCUCCUCUUCCUUUGCCUGUCAAAGAAAGUCAUCUUACCCUCCCAAUGGUUGUACAUAGGCCACUAUCUUUAGAAUGACUUGAAGACCUGUCGCUGUAACUAACCUUAUUAGUUGUUGCCGACCCAACUCCUGGUACAGUUGAAACCGCCACGCCUCGCUUUUGGCCCAAAAUUUACCCGAAGAUGAAAUGGACAGAGAUCCUGGGCUGAGGAAGUGAUGACGGGUGUAGUACCCAGCACUGUGAUGAAUCCUGUGUACACAAUGGGAAAAUCACCUUUUUCUAAUCUUCAUUUUUCAUUUUGGACUUAAGAUGACCUGUAUGAGCUUUGGAAUUAAUGAAUGCCCGUCCAAAUUCUAAAAUCCCUUAUUGUGAUAACCUGUGGCCUUUCCUGUUAAUAACUUCGAAAUGCAACUAGCAUACACUUAUAUUUAUUGAAAGAUGUGAUAUAUAUCUAUAUAUAUUGUUACAUUAUACACAUCGUUUACUUCAUAAAGGUUCCCAGUUCCUCCUCUUGGAAUACUCACACCAAACUCAACAUGAAAUUUGUUUUCUGAGGGAAACUACUGCAGCCCCUGUCAAGUUAUGUCCCAUGAAGUUGUGAGCACCGAUUGUCUGAGGUAGCGGAACAUUGAACUCCCCUAUCCUCCUUAUCUAUAAGUCUCCUCCCUUACCCACACCUAACCAUUCAGUACCAUUACCAACCCCCAACUUUUUUCUUUACUAGAGCUAAGAAACUAAGGGCUCCCAUUUCAUUAAAGUGGUUCGAAGAAAUGUGACUUCACCCAUAUAGAAGCACUUGUACGCUUUCUUUCCCCUUAUCAAAUGCUCAGAUAACACUUGUCAUAGUGCAGGUCAGUCAUCGUAUAGCCAUGUGUACUUGUGCCUGUGUGUGGAUGGUGGUCUCAUUCAUUGAAUCCACUCAUUUCUUUUUUUCAUUUUUUAUAUUCAGACUCAGUGAUGAUUAUUGACAUUUGUAGGAUGCCUAGUGUAAAUUAUGCAAUUACUGAUCCUGUAGAUUUCUCAUAUUUUAAAUAAUGUAUUUGUAAUUCUAUGAAUGAAAUGUUCGGUCUUGUAUAAAGUUAUUAUAGUGGCUGUUAAAAACAAAAACAAAAAAAAAGCACUGAUCUGGUAGCAGACACUUGAUGGUGGACAUUCAUUGUUAUUAUUUUAUUGUUAUUAAUGGUAUACAUUCGCUAAAUAUUUCGUUGCUGCCAAAAUCCCGUUGCCAUAACAACUGCAUAUGUGGAAAUUAACUUUUCUUUCUACCUAUUAAAUGGAAAAUUAUUCAGACUUCAUUGCGUUUGAUCUGCUCGAAUGAUUUUACUAAGAAUUUUCCGAAUGAAUCAGAUUUGAUUUUUAGUCUGAUAUUAUUACUUUUGCUUUAUUAGGAUUGUGUAUAAUAUUUAGGACUUGUGUUACAUCACCAGUGCUUGUCUCUGUUUAUAACUUAUUUUUAGGUGUAGAUAAAUAACCGCACACUGGGCGGGUCAAUAUGAAUUUUAAGUAUUGUACAGAUGGUUAAGAGAGAGUAGGGUUAACAGUCUGUUUGUAGCUAUUAUGUCUUAAAUAAAUUUAUACAUAUAUUUUA